UUAUGGAUGGUUAAGGAGGAUGGGCCAUGACCCUCCACGCUGGCCCAAUGCGGAUUGGAGGGUAUUAACGACUGCAAAUGCAGCCGGGACCAACGGCUUAACGUGCCUUCCGAAGCACGAAGUAGCUCGAGAUAAUAUUUUUUUUGGUCACCCAUCCCGUGACCGACCCUUGCGAAAGUUGCUUAACGACAACGAUCGCAGGCCGCGGCGCUUAUCCACUACGCCACCGAGCUACUUUACUUAUGUUACUUAUUAUCUGCUAUAUAUAUAUAGUGAGUACAUAAAUGAAACAACUUUUAAACGGUUUCAUGGCGUUUGUUUUUAGUUUUAUUGAUGUUGAACAUGGACCCUUUACAUGUUUACAUUGCGCGCAGAAACAUUUGUGAUUAAUAAAUGAUCGAAUAUUGAAAACUAUAAUAAUA